AGCGGCGGCGCGGUGUGUGCUGGGAUAGUGGAAGAUGGCGACCUCGCUGGGAGCGAACACGUACAACCGGCAGAACUGGGAGGACGCGGAUUUUCCGAUUCUGUGCCAAACAUGCCUUGGAGAAAACCCCUACAUUCGAAUGACAAAGGAAAAAUAUGGGAAAGAGUGCAAGAUCUGUUCCCGGCCUUUCACUGUCUUCCGCUGGUGUCCCGGAGCUCGGAUGCGUUUUAAGAAAACUGAGGUGUGCCAGACGUGCAGCAAGCUGAAGAACGUGUGCCAGACCUGCCUGCUGGACCUGGAAUACGGUUUGCCCAUCCAGGUCCGUGAUGCAGGAAUAUCACUCAAGGAUGAGAUGCCAAAGUCUGACGUCAAUAAGGAGUACUACACACAGAACAUGGAGCGAGAGAUCCAGAACUCCGAUGGGACGAGACCUGUGGGUGCUCUGGGCAAGGCCACCAGCUCCAGUGACAUGCUGCUGAAAUUAGCCAGGACCACACCGUACUACAAACGCAACCGACCGCACAUCUGCUCCUUCUGGGUCAAGGGAGAAUGCAAGCGAGGAGAGGAGUGCCCCUACAGGCAUGAAAAGCCGACUGACCCGGAUGAUCCUUUGGCUGAUCAGAACAUCAAGGACCGUUACUAUGGCAUUAACGACCCAGUGGCAGACAAGUUGCUGAAACGGGCAGCGACCAUGCCCAGGUUGGACCCGCCAGAGGACAAGUCCAUCACGACUCUGUAUGUGGGAGGUCUCGGGGAACAGAUCUCGGAGACAGAGCUACGGAAUCAUUUUUACCAGUUUGGAGAGAUUCGUUCCAUUACUGUGGUCCAACGGCAGCAGUGUGCGUUCAUCCAGUUUGCCACCAGGCAGUCCUCGGAGCUGGCAGCUGAGAAAUCAUUCAACAAGCUCAUCAUCAACGGGCGGAGGCUGAAUGUCAAAUGGGGCAGGUCACAAGCUGCCAGAGGGAAAGAGAAGGAGAAGGACUCCCAUGUCUCUGAGUCAGGGAUGAAGUUGGAGCCUGUUCCAGGGCUGCCCGGUGCCUUGCCCCCGCCCCCGCCAAACAUUGAAGAGGAGACUCCCACCAAUUUCUUCAACCUUCCGCCCAGUGCUCCGCCCGCCGUGGUGAACCUAUCCCUGCCUCCUCCACCAGGCCUCGCACCACCACCACCACCAGGGUUUGGAGCCACCUUGUUCCAUGGCAUGCCUCCCCCACCACCUCCCUUCCUGCGGGCUCCAGGCCCUAUCCAUUACCCGUCGCAGGACCCUCAGCGAAUGGGUGCCCACACAAACAAACCGAGUAACGCCUAACGCCAGACCGACUUCGACUCGACUGCUACCUGCCAUCAACCAUUGACACCAACCCAGCUGGAGUUUUGGGAAACUUGCAUUCUCGAGCAUCUCUUUUCUUUUGAGAAAAAUCAUCCCGGAUCCAUUCCAACCUUUUUUUUAAGGGUUUAAGCAUUUAUUUUAUUGCUGUCCCACCAUAGCAGUGAGCAGUAUGAGUGGCUUCUCUCUGUUACCUCUUCAUUGAUCAGGCAGGGUUGGGAUUUGCUUCUGACCCUUGUUGUUGAAUAGCACCGUUCUUGUCUCCUCUCUUCCCCCUCCCACGGUGAAGGGUUACUGGGUGCUCUGUGCGGAUAGAGGCUGAAGCAUGCCUGGCUGGAUUGUGAAUUGGGUGUCUUGUCUUCUCCUUCCUCCACCUAGCCCCCUUGCUGCCCCCCCUAACAAAACUUGGCAUAUAGCAUGUGACCUGUGUUAUACCCACCUCAAAUCCCACUCUCAGCAGUUCCACUGUUUACCCUGUGGGACACGAUAUCCCCACACCGUCACUGAUGAACACAAGACAGCAGCGGAGGUACUCUGAUGGGGUCUGUACCCUUGGGAUUUACAGGGUUGGGGGGGACGGUGGGUGGUGGGGGAGCUGUCUGAUUCCUGGAGGGAGUGUGUCCACGUGGACUGUGACUACAUGACGCUGAGAGAGUGCACACAGCCAUGACUGAGGGCACACAAUGAAGUUCUUUUUACCCAAUAUCCUCCUGGUAAUUUAGGAUCCUCUGCUCUAUCCCCACAUUCAUCCAGGGCUAUUCUGAAACUCAACGCUGUAUUGUCUUGGUUAAAAGAUGUCUGUGCUACUUUGUUUGUUGGUAAGGUGCUCAAGGUGAAAGGUUAUUGUGCAGGAGAAUGGCAGCCAUGGCAUUAAUUGUUCAUCGAGAGCUGUUUGUGUGAAUGGUUCCCAGUGACUCUGCCUGCAGACACUCUGGGAGGUGUUGAAGCCACUGACUCACCACCUGACGGCACUCCCAGCUGCUGAAAUGAGAUAAAAAGGCAGCAGUUCCCCACUCCCGCCCUACUCCGAAAACCCAUCCCCCAAAUGUCCAGCCAUGAGCCGCGGUGAUGAAUUAACCAUCCGGCUUUGGGGCUGCGGAACUGUGUCUGGGUGGACUUGCUCAUAUUUUCACAGCAGGAUUGAAGGGCUCGAUUGGGACAAAGUCACCCCUCUGAUUCUUCUCUGCACAUCCCAGGCCCAUUGCAGUGAACCCUGCUGUCCCUGAUGAGGGGCAGACUGGUCUCUGUGACUCUCCUGGAUAAAGUCUCCCAGGGGAGUAAAAGAAAUUUAACGUGCAGUGGGAAUACUCAUUCCCAAGGUCUCACCGCACCACCUGAUCCCACCUUUCCUUUGUUAAUGUAGAAUCUUGUUUGUUAUUGAUAUCCCAGAGUGCUUGUUGCAGCAGUUCAGGUUUAUUAGCCAUUAAGUGCUCUGCAGACUGCUAUGGGGGAACAGUAUGCCUGGCCCCUCACCGUGGGGCUUUGUGGAGGGUAAGGAAUCCGUCACUCAUAAAACUGCAGAUAGAGAACCAUGAACCCUGUCAGUCCGUUCAAAUCCAUAAAGGCUCAUUCUUUUUUAUAA